UACCCAAACAGCCCCUAAAGGCCAACAAAUCAUAUGCUCUACUCUUAUUCCCUUCACACUGUCCCAACGCUCAUUGCCUGCCUCUCCAUCCUCCAUUCAUCCCCGUCCUUCGCCCAUUUCCUCCAAAUCCAUGCCCACAUUAUUCGCCACUACCUUGCCGGUGAUCCCUUCAUCGCUGGCAAGCUUCUUGAGUUCUGCGUUGCUUCUCCUCAAGGCAGUCUCUCUUAUGCCCGCAAACUGUUCGAAGGUAUUCUCCAACCAAAUAUUUUCUCUUGGAACACGCUAAUACGCGGCCAUGCGGGUUCCCCCAACCCUAAUGGAGCUCUCCUUCUCUUUCAAAGCAUGCUUUCCACGGACACAGUGCCAAACUCCCAUACAUAUCCGUUUGCACUCAAGGCCUGCGCUCGCCUCUUUGCUUUCAAGCAAGGGGAGCAGCUCCAUGGCUUCAUGCUCAAAUCUGGUGCGGAAAGUGACGUUUUUUCCAUUAAUGGGCUGAUCGGCAUGUACUGUGCUUGCGGCCAUGUUGACCUUGGUCAGAAGGUUUUUGAUACUAGUAAUGUGAGGGAUGUGGUAUCAUGGAAUUCAAUGCUUACUGGGUUUAUAGACUGUGGAUUCUUGGAUCGUGCACAAAACCUAUUUGCUGAAAUGCCUGAGAGAGGAAUUGUCUCUUGGAAUGUAAUGAUUAAUGGUUAUGUGAAGUUUGGAGAUGUGAAAGCGGCACAAGAGCUUUUUGAUAGGAUGCCGGAUCGCAAUGUGGAAUCUUGGAAUACACUUAUUGCUGGGUAUGCAAAGUGUGGACAGUUGGAUAUGGCCCGUAAGCUUUUUGACGAUAUGCCUAUGAGGAAUGCCGUCAGUUGGAGUGCUAUGAUAAGUGCCUAUGCUCAAGGGGAACGACCAAGUGAUGCAUUGAGAAUGUUUGCCGAGAUGAAAAUGGUUGGAGCAUGGCCAAACUAUGCAGCUGUUGUUAGUUUGCUAUCAGCUUGUUCCCAGCUUGGUGCUCUUGAUAUGGGCAAAAAAGUCCAUUCUUAUGUUGAAAGGAACAAGAUGAAGAUGGAUUCAGUCAUUGGAACUGCACUAAUAGAUAUGUAUUCUAAGUGUGGAUGCAUAGAUAAAGCGUUUGAGAUAUUUUCCAAUUUGCCUCAUAAGGACGUUUUCUCAUGGUCAGCUAUCAUUAAUGGGCUAGCAGUAAAUGGGCAUGGAGCCAAAGCUUUGAAGUUGUUCGAUAGGAUGAAGGAAGAUGGAGUUAGGCCUAAUGAGGUUACUUUUGUGGGAGUCUUAUGUGCUUGUAGUCAUGGUGGCUUGGUAGCCUUAGCAAAGCAUUACUUUAAUUCAAUGGGCGCAGUUUAUGGUAUUGAGCUCCAGAGUGUGCACUAUGGUUGUAUGGUUGAUGCCUUGGGACGAGCCGGGCUUCUACAUGAAGCAAAGAUUCUUGUGGAGACCAGUCCUUGGAAGGGAAAUCCUGUGUUGUGGGUUACUAUUUUUGGAGCUUCUUGGAUUCAUGGGAAUCUAAAGGUUGCAGAAAUGGCAGUUGAGAAACUAAUCGAGCUCAAGCGUGAUGAUGGCGGUGUCUAUGUUAUUUUGUCAAACAUGUAUGCUAUGAAAGGAAUGUGGAACAAAGCAAGAGAGGCUAGAAUGUUAAUGAAAUCCAAAGGUCUCAACCAGGAACGAAGUCGGAGCCUGAUUGAGGUUUGUGGAAUAGUACAUGAAUUCUUUGUUGGAAACCAAUCCCAUCCCGAGUCACCAAAAAUCUAUAGAAAGUUAGAUGAAAUUUUUAUGAGGAUAAGGAUUGAAGGCUAUGGCCCAAACACAAGGCUAGCGUUGUUUGAUGUAGAGGAGGAGGAGAAGGAGAAUCUUGUGGCUCAUCACAGUGAGAAACUUGCCAUUGCAUUUGGUCUUAUCGUCAUGUGUGCGAAGGAUGCCAUUAGAGUGAUCAAGAACAUUAGGGUAUGUAAAGAUUGCCACACAUUUGCCAAGCUUGUGUCUAAGGUUUAUGAAAGGGAGAUAAUAUUAAGAGAUAGAAAUGUAUUCCAUUAUUUUAGAGGAGGUUCUUGCUCUUGUGGAGACUACUGGUGAUGCUGAGUUCGGUAUGGAUUUUAUUGCCACUAUAGUUAAAUUACACUUGGAAGAGUUUUUCUCA